AGCAAAAUUUGUACCCCACAUGACAUUCAGUUAUUCUUUAAUUGUUUUACGUGGCGGUCGACUUGCUUAGAGUGAUACCGCCACAUCAAAUGCUCGCAUCCUCAUCCCUAACACCAACUGCCCUCAUGUCUUCCCCAACUACAUCUGUCAACCUUCUCUUUGGUGUUCCUCUAGCUCUUUUGCCUGGCAGCUCCAUCCUCAUUAUCCUUCUACCAAAAUACUCACUCUCUAUCCUCUAGACACACGGCCAAACAAUUAAAGUCUGCAUUCUGUUUUUCUCCAAAACAUAUAACCUUGGCUGUCCCUCUGAUGAGCUAAUUUCUAAUCCUAUCCAACCUGAUCACACUGAGAGAGAACCUCAUCAUCAUCAUUUCCGUCACCUCCAUCUCUGCUUCCUGUUGUCUCUUGAGUGCCAGUCUCUAAUCUGUACAUCAUGGGUGGACUCACCACUAUCUUAUACAGUCCACUCCAAAAGUAUUGGAACAGCAAGGUCAAUUCCUUUGUUUUUGUUGUAUACUGAAGACAUUUGGGUUUCAGACUAAAAGAUGAAUAUGUUAAAAUUAUAUCUUAGAAUUUGGGAAGGGGGCCAAUACUUUUUCACGGCAAUGUAUGUCAUCAGGACUUUCCAUUUUUCAUCCUCUUUGCCUUUCUGACUUCCCCGUGACUAAUCAUUGCUACUUCCUGCUCCACCACAGUUGCCUCUUCUACUCUUGCUUCUCUCUCAUUUUUCUCAUUCAUCAACUCCUCAAAGUAUUUUUUCCAUCUGUCCAGCACACUACUGUCACCAGUCAACAUAUUUCCAUCUCUAUCCUUAACCACCCUAACCUGCUGCAAAUCCUUCCCAUCUCUACCCCUCUGUCUGGUCAACCUCUUUAGAUCUUUCUCACCUUCUUUAGUGUCCAACCCGGCGUACAUUUCAUCCUAUGCCUUUUGUUCGGCCUUUGCCACCUCUACCUUUGCCCUAUGUCGCAUCUCCAUUUAUUAUUGUCUCCUCUCCUUGGUCCUCUCCGUGUCCCACUUCUACUUAGCUAACCUCUUAUAUGAUUUCCUGUAAUUUGAGGUUCCACAACCAGGUCUUAAUCUCCCCUUUCCUACCAGACGAUACACAGCGUACCCUCCUGCCUGUCUCUCUGAUCACCUUGGCUGUAGUGGUCCAGUCUUCUGGAAGCUCCUCCAGUCUACCGAUAGCCUGUCUCACCUCUUCUCAAAAAGCCGCUCAAGUCAAGUUUAUUGUAUAGCCCUUCAUCACAAAAGAGGUGCAAAGGGCUUCACAGCCCUACAUUUGACAAUGAUUGACAACAUCACCCAAUCUAAACACCCCUUUCGGGCAAAGAAAAACUCUAAACCACAUCCCCCUUCCAGGAUGACCAGGCUACAAUGGAUGUCGAGUGGGCAUCAUUUAUUACGUAGUCUGGUGCUGUAAUAUGUUCAUUACGUUGGCAAGAUGCUGCACAAUAUUCAUUAAGAUGGCAUAGGGCUCAUUUAAAUAGAAAAGGUGCCGCAGGGUACAGGCCUUCGGUGGUUCUGCCUCAGGACGUGGCCUGGUCGGUUUGAGCAGAAUCCUCCAUGGCAAUGACUUCGGGGGAAGUGGAUCCAUCUCAGCUCUUGUCCCAGCUGAUUGGUACAGAACCCAAACAGCAACAGCUUCAGAUUCUGUCAAAAUCACCUAGUCCUCUCUCCAAGCAGGACACGAGGGUGGAUGAGAUAGGACAAGCAGCAGUAAAACAGGCCCACAUAUACUUUGAAAUAAAUGCCAAAGAGUAGAAAUAAGUAUUAAGUGCGAUUGGCUGGCAACCAGUUCCCCGCCUCUCGCCCUAAGAUAACUGUGAUAGGCUCCAGCACGCCCGCGACCCUAGUGAUGAGAAGCCGUGAUGGAUGGGGAUUUAAACAUUUAUACUGAGGUAGCAUCUCUAAUAUCUGUGGGCAGGGCAUUGCAGAGGACUGGAGCCCGAGUAGAAAAUGCUUUAGAGCCUGCGGACUUCUUUCUGGCUAUCGGAGUCACCAAAAGACCUCUAGUACGACAAUAGACAGCCAUUUUGACAACAAAUACUUUUGAGACAUGCUGAUACAAUUACAGUUGUUCAAAUGAUGUCCUCCAGCAAUUUAAUGGCAAGAGGGAAGAAGCUGUUGGAAUAUCUGCUUGUUUUAGUUUGAAUUGAUCGAUAGCGCUUACCUGAGGGAAGUUGCUGGAAGAGGUGUUGACCAGGAUGCGGAGGGUCCAUGAAGAUUUUACAUGCUCUUGUCUUUGUUCUGGCAGGGUGCAAAGCCUCAAGUGUGAAUAGGGAGGUACCAAGGAUUUUCUUUCAGCAGUUUUGAUUGUCCGUUACAGUCAGAGUUUGUCCUUUUUUGUGGCAGCACUAAACCUGACUGAUGGAUGAACACAGGACUGUUUCAAUGACUGCUGUGUUGAACUGUCUCAACAGUUCCUUUGGCAUCCUCUGUUGGGCCUUUCUGAGGAUGGAGUUGAUGAUGGUCUCCCACUUCAGGUCCUGAGAGACUGUAAUUCCCAAGAACUUAAAGGUCUCAACGGUUGACACAGGGCAGUUGGACAGCAUGACGGGCAGCUGUGGGGAAGGAUACUUCCUGAAGUCCAAGAACAUCUCUACAGUCUUGAGCGUGUUCAUCUUCAGGUUGUGCUGGCUGCGCCAAAGCUCCAGCCGCUCCACUUUCUGUCGAUACGCAGACUCGUCACAGUAUUUGAUGAGGCCGAUGACUGUGGUGUCGUCUGCAAACUUCAGGAGUUUGACAGCUGGGUGCGUUGAGGUGCAGUCGUUCAUGUAGUGAGAGGAGCACUGGAAAGAAGACAUCGUGAUGCUCCGGUGCUUAUGGUGCGUGUUGAUGAGGUGGUGUCCCCCAGCCUCACCUGCUGUGUCCUGCCCGUCAGGAAGCUGUGAAUUCCCAUGUUGACUGUCAUCCAUAGACCUGUAUGCUCGGUAGGCAAAUUGCAGAGGGUACAGCAGGGGUCCUGUGACGCUCUUGAGGUGGUGCAGCACGAGGCGUUCAAAGGGCUUCAUGACCACAGAUGUCAGGGCGACAGGCCUUUAGUCAUUCAAACCCGAGAUUGCAGGUUUCUUGGGGACUGGGAUGAUGGAGUUUUUGAAACAGGAUGGUACUUCGCCCAGUUCCAGAGAACUAUUGAAGAAGACUGGAGCGAGCUGGUCUGUACAGACUUUGAUGCAAGAUGGGGACACAAGGUCUGGCCCCGCCGCUUUGUUGAUGUUUUGUAGUUUGAGGAUGUGUCUCACAUCCUGUUCGUGAAUUGUCAACGCAGAAGUCAGAGGUGUGAUUGUGGUCGGUGGUGCAGCUGGGUGGGUGUGGGGUGCGAAAGUGUCCUUUUCAAAUCUGCAGUAGAAGAUGUUCAAGUCGUCAGCUAUUCUUUUAUUGUUCUCCGCUUGGGGGAUGGUCGCUGACUGGGCUUGUAGUUGAAUUUUCAAAGACAUUCCAGUCUCUGCAGUCUAUACAGCCUUAAAGCUCUAUCUUUGCUUCAUGGUCCCCUUCUUCUCUGUUUUCACUAUAGGCUUCGCACAUUUAAGUUUGGGCCUAUAUUCUUCCCUCUUGCAAAUCAACUUCUUAAACACCUAACCUACAAUUCCAUUACAACAUGCUGGCAAUUUUUUGACUUGAGUUCGUUGUCACAUUUCUGUGGGGCCAAUUAUACAUUACUCGUGCACUCACUGUAGUUGUCUCGCCACGCUGCACUAUUUUCAUAUCUGUUGUUGACCAAUACUGGCCACUCAUGCCAGAGUAGCAUCUGCUCCAUUUGCACACUGAUUGAGGAGUAUCUGCAACAUUUGCACAACCAACAUUGCCCCAGAUUAUCGCACGACUCAUCACUUUAAACCGCAUACACUCCUUGAAGUCUCGGCGCCCUUUGCACAAUGGUCAUUGCACCGCACUAUUGCAAUAUUAGUCAUUCGAACUGCUCUAAGUGCUAGAGGACUCUGCAUCUUUUUGCACAAUAGUAAAAAAAAAAAUUUACCGGCAUUACCAGAUAACCAGCAACCCUUUACUGCUCAGUGACUUUUUUUAUUUAUUUAUUUAUUUAUUUUUUGUCAAUGUCUUUAUGUCUCAAAAGUGUUCUCUGUCAAUUGACUGUUGUCGUACUAGAGCGGCUCCAACUACCGGAGGCAAAUUCCUUGUGUGUUUUUGGACAUACUUGGCAAAUAAAGAUGAUUCUGAUUCUGAUAUGUUGGUAUUAAGUGAAUUAAGCAGUGAUCAGAUGAGCCCAGAGCUGCAGGGGGGGAUAGCAUGGUAUGUGUCAUUUAGUGUGGUGUAGCAUUGGUCUGAAAUGUUGUUUUCCCUGGUGGGACAGUCAAUGUGCUGCUUGUAUAUAGGGAGUUCCUGGUUGAGUUUAGCUUUGUUAAGGUCCCCAAGAAUAAUGAGGGGUGAAUCUCGGUGCUUUUAUUCAAGUUCGUGGACACCGGCGAAGAUGAAAGAGGUGAACUUGAGUGGCGAGUAGAAUGACUUAUAGUUCAAAAACAGCGACUCCAAGUCGGGGGUGCAGUGUGUGUGUGUUGAGUUCCGAGACGUCGGUACACCAUUUUUCGUUUCAUUGUGAGAAGAUGAAGCAACUAUUUUGUUGGGUAGAGAGCAUAGAUUUGCAAGGUGAAUCAGUUAAAAUAAAGGUGCCAUAAUUUUUUUCUUUUUGGGCUACGGUGUUUGUCCGUAUCAGACUGCUUCUAGGUCCGGACCAGGACCCGCGGUCCUUCGGUUAGUGACCUCAGCGAGAACAUAAAUCAACAGAACGCCAGCAUGUUGACAUACAAACAUUAGUGCUAGCAUUAGCUCGCGAGUUAUGUUGCCCAAGUUGCGAGCCGUAUUAAAACUAUGUGAACAUUACCCCAAGUGUGUGUGUGUGUGUGCGUGUGUGCGUGUGUGUGUUAUAAGGGUUAUAAUUUACUCAAGUGUAAAUGGUGCUAAUCUUAUGAGCAUGUCGAUCUUUUCUUACCACGAUAUGCUAGCACUAAGGUUAGCAGACAUUUGUUAUUUAAUUUUGUUUUAUGUGACAGUUAUACAGUGAACAGCAGCUUGAAGUGACAAUGUUGAAGCAAGAACGUUUUGCCUCUUAUUUGGAGAAUGUUUUGAGAGCAUGAUUGAAAGUACGUUUGUGAUUGGUAGACUGAUGCAUGCAGUGCAUCUUGUGUACCUGAGUUCUUUUCCCCCUACAUCAGGACCUAUGUGAUGUGACUACUGCGCAUGCCGAUCAAACAAUAUAUGGCACAACCCUAUUUUCAACCCAGCCGCUUCACACUCAGCUAUGAGCCGCUUCAGCGAAAGUUGAAGAUUAUGGCUUGAUGAAGCCAUUAGAACCACAUCAUCUGCAAAAAGCAGAGAUGGACCCCUCAACGCCUCGUCUGUGCCUAGAAAUUCUGUCCAUAAGGUAAUGAACAAAAUUGGUGACAAAGGGCAGCCUUGGUGGACUCCAACACUCAAUGGAAAAGAAGCCGACUUACUGCCGGACCACGCUUUGACACCUUGUUUUGCGGCCAGGACGAAAACCACACUGCUCCUCCUGAAUCUGAAAUUAGAUUUCCCGAUGGACCCUUCUCUCCAAAACCCCUGAAUAGACCUUACCAGACAGGCUGAGGAGUGUGAUCCCAUGAAGUUGGAACACACCCUCUGCUCCCCCAUCUUCAAAAGGGGGUACAGUCUGCCAAUACAGAGGCACUGGUUAGUCCAUGCGAUGUUGCAGAGGCAAGUUAACGAGGACAGCCUCACAACAUCCAAAGCCUUCUAGAACUCCGGGAGGAUCUCCUCUCCCUGCCCCCCAUCCUACGCCACUGAGGAGCUUUUUAACCACCUCUGUGACCUCAACACCAUAGAGAGGAGAACCCACCUCAGAGUCCCAAGACUCUGGUUCCUCAUAGGAAAGCAUGUCGGUGGGAUUGAGGUCUUCCUAUUCGGCUAGAGAUGCACAAUUAAUUGAAUUUUAAUCAUGAUUGCACUUUCUCAACUCAGUCAGGCAGCCACCAGGGUCGAACACUUCCUUGAGCUCCCCAAACAAGCUACCGGGGCCCAGCAGCACACUGCAGCUAUAGCCUCUCUGUCACUCUUGGUGGAAUUACAAGAAUGAAGCAAAGAUUGGACCUAGCACCUCAGAAAGGGAUCGACAUCUGUUUUCUGGACUUGUUUUGAUUCAGGACAAGAGACUUUAAACAUGAAGCCAUAUGUUAAGAAUGCAGCAGAGGUGUCUGCCCUGCAAGUGUUUGACAAGCAUUAUAUCAAUCGUAACUUUGACCGGACUGGUCAGAUGUCAGUUGUCAUCACGCCGGGUGUGGGAGUGUUUGAAGUUGACCGUCUGCUAAUGAUUCUGACCAAGCAACGGAUGAUUGACAAUGGUAUUGGUGUUGACUUGGUGUGUAUGGGGGAACAGCCAUUACAUGCAGUACCGCUCUUUAAGUUGCACAAUCGAUCGACACCUGACUCUUGUAUGGGGAAUGACUAUAAUCUGCCUCACUGGAUCAACCACAGCUUCUACACCUCCAAAAGUCUGAAUUCUUGCAAUACCUUUAUUCCCCGAAUCAAAUGUGCUGGUCACAAGCGUCAUUGUGAAAAACUAAAGAAAGGCACCGAACAAACUUUAUGUAUACAAAAGGAGUGGGACAAUGGUCUGCCAAUACAGCUGGACUAUGAUGCCUAUGACUCUCAGGUUUUCAGACUCCCUGGUCCUUCACUGAUUCAGAGAAGUCCCAGUUGCAGGAUGACACGGAGUAAAGAGAGAAGUGAAAAGAAAAGCUGUGGAUCAGUGGAUGUUGUACCUGGCAUAGGCACAUCCCCUCCUUUGUGCUUUGGUGGUGCAGAUGAACAGCAUAGCCUGGCAUCUGAUGAUAGUCUGGGCCCUGUGUCCAACAUGUUUCUCAUACCCCGGAUACCCUCUAUGGUUUACGAAGUCAGUAGCUCUCUAGGAUACACAUGUGGCCGAGAGUUGUUUGAGAAGACUGUAGACUCUCAACGAGACUCAAGUGCCCCCGCUAGGUUCACAGUGGGAAGUGCUGAGUCCACGCUGUUCAUACAGCCGGGAGGUUAUACGCCCCAGAGGGCGCUUAUAAAUCCCUUCACACCAGCCAGGAUGCCCAUGAAACUCACAUCCAACCGCCGGCGCUGGAUGCACACAUUCCCUGUUGAUACUUUUGGCGAAGCUAUUCAAAUCCAUCACCAGACUAGACAAAACAUCGCUGAGUUGCAAGACAGCCAACAGAGAGUUCACGGCCACAUCUCAGCUGAGCUGCUGGAAGUCGCAUAUCAGGAGGCCACAGGAAGGCAAACAAGCUACCCAAAAGCAGACGAGAAUGUCUUCUACAUUAAUGGAGGAAUGGAAGAAUACGCUCAAAGUCCUGCCAACAGUGGUGGGACCAACAGUGCUUCUGAAUUUGAUGACUCAUCCCAAAGUGGUGCCAAUCCAAUGCCCAGCUUCUGCUGUACAGUGGGGGUUGACUGGAAAUCUCUGACCACACCGGCCUGCUUGCCCCUCACCACUGACUACUUCCCUGACCGCCAAAUGCUACAAAGUGACUACACUGAGGGAUGCUAUGACUUACUGCCUCACAGUGAUCUGGAGAGGCGAGAAGAUGAAGUGCCAGGGAUGAAUGCUGCUCAAGUGUUUGAAGAAUUUGUCUGUCAGAGGUUGAUGCAGGGCUACCAGAUCAUUGUCCAAUCUAACAAGAGGAGACGACAAGCCUCUGUAGCUACUCCCCUUGGCAGCAGUCCUUUAUACACCAGAGGUUUGAUCUCAAUGCGGCGAGGAGAGGAAGAAGAGACAGUUUACUGGCUCAGUAUGGGUAGGACCUUCCAUAAGGUUUGCCUCAAAGACAAAAUACUCACUGUUACUCGAUACUUGCCAAAAUACCCAUAUGAGUCAGGUCAUAUUCAAUACAGCUACAGCCUGUGUCCUCCACAUGUCGAUGCUCAGUUUGUGUCCUGUUGGGUUGAGUUUGGCCAUGAAAGACCAGAAGAAUAUAAAUGGAAUUACUUGGACCAGUACAUCUGCUCUACUGGUUCUGAGGAUUUCAGUUUGAUCGACUCACUAAAGUUCUGGAGGACAAGGUUCCUCUUGCUUCCAGCUGGAGGAGCUCGGCGUGUUGCUGAUGGAGAUGGGCACUGGGAUGUUUACGGAGAUGGAUCAAAUACAGGAAUGGGUGGUAGUGGUGAUUGGUUCCUGCUGGAUGGCUUCAUCCGCUUCCUUGAGGGAGUCAACCGCAUUCGACGACGUCAUCGUUCCGACAGGAUAAUCAGAAAAGGCACACCAAUGAAGGCCAUGAAUAUUCUCCUUUCAUAUCCUUCCGAACCGAUGGUGCCGCUGCAAGGCAAAAAAGGAACAUCAGCUUUAUCAGCUUUACUGGAGAUGGAUCAGAACCAUAGGACAUUAGAGGAGCAACAGCAGAAGGCCAAGCCCAUAACACCUGUUUCUGAAGUCUCAAGUGCAGAAAGUCCACGUAAGUUGGCUGCUGAAUAUAUUGAAGUUGCGGACAAGGGACUCCAGGUGGGACUGAGUGCUGGAGCAUCAGUACAGUCUGCAGGAGAGACUGCAACUGGCAGUAGCAUUGACCCGAGAUUAGCAGUAUGCAGUGGGCAUUUUGGACUGGAAGAUUUUUCUCUGUCCUCUUCAUCAACACUCUUGGAAAUCCUGGAGGCCAUUAAACAUCCCAGGACAGGUGUACUGCUGCUCCCAGAACAAAGGGGUCUGCCAUGCAACUGCUUCAUAAGUGCUGAGGUCGUCCACUGGUUAGUCACCAAUGUUGAGGGUGUAGCCACACAGAGCAUGGCUAUUGAUAUUAUGCAGAAAAUGCUGGAGGAAGGUUUGGUGGCCCAUGCAUCUGGAGAUGCUAUGCGGACCUUUGUUUAUGGGUUCUACAUCUAUAGGAUUGUGGCAGAAAAGGAUGCAGGCCAAGCCUCACAGCUACCCCCGACAGGGUCCUGUGGCUGGUCCACUGCAGCCUUAGAAGAUUUUUCCCUGUUUCAGAGAAAAUGGUUUGAGGUGGCCUUUGUGUUGGAGGAGCAACAACCAUGUGACCUCCCAGCGUUCCUGCUGCCCUGGCUCCCUAGCCGACCAGCCUCUUAUGCAAGCAGGCAUAGCUCUUUCAGUCGCAGCUUUGGAGGACGCAGCCAGUCAGCGGCACUGCUAGCUGCUACAGUCCCAGAGCAGAAGACAGUCACUCUGGAUGUUGAUGCUAAUAAUCGCCGGGGUCGAACUGAAUGGUGCACCUGUUAUUACCAUGGCAACUUCUCCCUAAAUUCUGCCUUUGAGAUCAAACUUCAUUGGAUGGCUGUCACUGCUGCAGCCCUCUUUGAGAUGGUUCAAGGUUGGCACAGGAAAGCGGCAUCCUGUGGUUACUUAUUGGUUCCUGUUUUGGAGGGUCCAUUCGCUUUGACGUCACACCUGUAUGGAGAUCCACUGAGAGCCCAACUCUUCAUUACCCUUAAUAUUCAAUGUCUGAUGAAGAAUGGUAGCGAAAACUUGUUCGAAGGUUUUGAACCAGAGACCUACUGGGAAAGGAUGCAGCUCUUUCAAGAGGCCAUAUUGAACAGAUUUGGGUUCGUACUCGACAAGUUUUCUGCUUCAGCUUUUAAUUUCCCGUCGGAGAACAGACCCCAAUACAUCCACAUAACAGGCACAGUCCUGCUACAACUGCCAUACUUAAAAAAAAAGUAUACCAGUGGGCAACAGCGUCGGCGCAGGAACUCCACCACAUCCAACAGCCAGAGCUCAAUGAGUGGUGAAGAUCGGGUUGGCUACUAUUGGUCCUACAACACCAUGUUGACCAAAGCCUGGAGGACUGGUGUUCUGGGUGAUGAGAGGCUGGCUGACCGCCUGCUCAAAGACUUCACAGACUACUGUGCAAAUAAAGACAACAGACUGCUGAACUUUUGGAACAGUUGCCUGGAGAAAAUUAAUACCAGCGCCCCCUAAAGCAACAACUGUUGUUUCAUGUUUCAGUGCUUGUGUGUGAUAUAUAAAUUUAAUGCCUGAUUGCUAUA